AGGAGGGAAUGGGAGAGGGGUAUUGAUUUAUAAGUGGCUGUGACAUUGGAAACGGCAGUAAAUUGUGCCAACACCAAACAGAGAGCAAGUGGGGAAAACAAAACCAUACAGAGUGGAACCAUCUGUGAGCAAAGAGGAUUUACAUUUCCGUUAAAUCAAUAGCUAAGCACCAGGAAAUUCAAGAGGAAAUUUAUCAGACUCUGCUGGGGACAGAACAUCGUUUCUUUAAACUCGUGAGUGGUCAGACGUAGCCAUGGUGCUGAUUCUGGGACGACGCAUUAACAGGGAUGAUAACCAUUUCCGUGACUCACCUCUCAGCAAACGCAAAGUCUUUGAAGUGGACCAAAAGCCCGUGGUGAAUCAAGACAUUUUUGAUUUCUCUUCAGGCCCAUCUCAUGCUGAGAGCAUCCUCGAAUUGCUGAAUGAGUUCAGAGCCAGUCGUCUCUUCACUGACGUGGUCAUCUGUGUGGAGGGCCGUGAGUUUCCUUGCCACCGCGCCAUCCUGUCUUCCUGCAGCAGCUACUUCAGGGCCAUGUUCUGCAAUGACCACCGUGAGAGCCGGGAGAUGUUGGUGGAGAUCAACGGCAUCUUUGCUGAUGCCAUGGACCAGUUUCUGCAGUAUGUCUAUACGGGAAAGGUGAGGAUCACCACGGACAAUGUGCAAUACCUGUUUGAGACCUCCAGCCUCUUCCAGAUCAACGCCAUCCGUGAUGCCUGCGCCAAGUUCCUGGAGGAGCAGCUUGACCCCUGCAAUUGCCUGGGGAUCCAGAAGUUUGCAGACACACACUCCUUGAAGGUGCUGCACUCCAAGUGCAGAUGCUUUGGCCUGCAGACGUUCUCCGAGGUUGCCCUGCAUGAGGAGUUCCUGGGACUGGAGAAGGAUGAGCUCAUCGACUAUGUCUCCAGUGAUGAUCUGGUCGUCAGCAAGGAGGAAACGGUGUACGAGUCCGUGAUACGUUGGGUAUAUCAUGACAUUGACCGCAGGAGGCCCAUGUUGAAAGAGCUGCUGACUCAUGUCAGGCUUCCCCUACUGCACCCCAAUUACUUUGUACAGACGGUGGAGGGGAACCAGCUAAUCCAGAGCUCUCCUGAGUGUUACCAACUGCUGCAUGAGGCUCGGAGGUACCACGUCCUUGGCAAUGAGAUGAUGUCACCACGGACAAGGCCUCGUAGGUCCACAGGUUACUCCGAAGUAAUUGUGGUGGUGGGAGGCUGUGAGCGAGUGGGAGGCUUCAAUCUCCCUUACACCGAAUGCUAUGACCCAAUGACCGGAGAGUGGAAGUCGCUUGCCAAACUCCCAGAAUUCACCAAAUCUGAGUAUGCUGUUUGUGCCCUGAGGAAUGAUAUCCUUGUGUCAGGUGGCAGAAUCAACAGCCGGGAUGUGUGGAUGUACAACUCCCAGCUGAACAUCUGGAUGCGAGUGGCCUGUUUAAACAAAGGCAGAUGGCGCCACAAGAUGGCUGUCCUUCUUGGCAAGGUGUAUGCAGUGGGAGGUUACGAUGGUCAGAAUCGGUUGAGCAGCGUGGAGUGUUACGACUCUUUCUCAAACCGCUGGGUCGAGGUUGCGUCCCUCAAAGAGGCAGUCAGCUCACCGGCUGUCGUCAGCUGUGUCAGUAAGCUGUUUGUGAUUGGAGGAGGGCCUGAUGACAAUACGUGCUCUGAUAAGGUUCAAUGUUAUGACCCAGCCACUAAUGUUUGGUUGUUGCGAGCACCCAUUCCUGUUGCUAAACGAUGCAUCACCGCAGUGUCCCUGACCAACCUUAUAUACGUGGCCGGGGGUCUGACCAAGUCCAUCUUCUGCUAUGAUCCAGUGGAGGAUUAUUGGAUGCAUGUGGUGAACACCUUCAGCAGACAGGAGAGUUGCGGGAUGUCUGUGUGUAACGGCAAGGUCUACAUCCUCGGUGGCAGAAAGGAAACGGGAGAGGCCACUGACACUAUUACAUGCUACGACCCAGCAACAGGAAUCAUCACAGCAAUGGCUGCCAUGCCGAGGCCCAUUUCCUAUCACGGCUGUGUGACAAUCCACAGAUACAAUGAGAAGUACAGACCUUGAGCCAGGAAUCUCCAGCACCCACCCAAUACUGAGUGGCAAACAGGCACAACCACAAUAUAACAUCCUGUGGAGGGAUCAGAGGCAGCCUCUGCAGGUUCUAUAUUAGAUGACUUUACUGUAGCAUACUCUUCAAAACAUUGAGCCUUUUUUUUUAAAGAAACUUUUUAUUACAACAUUAGAGUUAUAGAUCAACAAUCAAUGUCUUGCAUAAUACGAAAGUCCCAGUGAUAAGAAUACCAAAGCUGUGGCAUUGUAGGCAAUAUUAUGCCAUUUGCACAUGUUUGUGCAUCCCUCAGAUAACCGUGGACAGUUAAUGGUGCAUUUAGGGUAAUACUUUCGGGUUUGAGACCAUAAUCCAGAAGGAAAUAGCUGUUCACCUUCUGGUGUAAUUAGAGAGUCACAAAGUGAGAAAUGCAAGUGGAAAACUUUUGCUGAGUCAGCUGGAGGUGUCUUGGAAUCAUGGAGACUGAGGCGCUGUCUAAGAUGAGGAUUGAAACCUUCAUAUUCGAGCAUCUACGUCACUUUGACAUCAUUCAGUGGCUGCUUUGUGGCCACUCCCAGCGAAGUGCAUAGAUGUUUUUGUAUACUGUGAUCCCAGUUAUUGUCCUAAUUUUUCACCUUUUGGUACCUAUUAAAGCUUAUGAGGAACAAACACUUUGACUCCUGCAACGUGACUCAGUAGAGGUCAGGGAUAAGAUGUCUUGGUACUGGUUGCCUUGGGUUGGAGAUAGAAAGUCAGAGUUUGUCAGCUGUGAUCUCAUGUGUGAGGCCAGAAAGAAGACUUUCCAGAUCGUAUCUCUUUAAUCCCCCCAACUCACUGCAAAAACCUUUGUCAAAAGGACUUUUUUUUUUAUUUCUGACAUGCCUCUCUGGCUGCAGAGAUGCUGUAAUACAUCAAAUGCAUAAAGGAUUGCUACAGCCUAAUUCUGGAAAAGCAUCAGCCUUUUUGACAAGAGUGGCAGUAAGUGUUUUUUUUCAUUCACUUAUGGAAGAGGGCAUGCCUCCUGUUACUUGUAACAGCUCAUAUUGGUCCCCAGCUCGUGUGUCCUCUGGAUUUUGUAUUCUUAAUAUUGGUGGAAAUUUGGUUUGUGCAAGCAAUUUUGAUAAAUGCAUUGCUAGUCAAAUACAUGCCUGUACUUUCCAGCCAGAGAUCACUAGAACAGAUUUCAACUGAUCAGGUUGAACAGGUCACAGUGUUGUUAGUGUUGGUACUUACAAAGAAAUGUUCCAUAGACAGUAACUUAGCUACAUGACUUUGAACUAAGACUUCAAAGUUAUGCCUCUGGCAAUUGGAUUGUCAGACCUGGUUGGAGUUCUGGUUUAGAUCAUAGAUCCAAUAAUUGAAGUAAGUGUAUGUGGGUAAUUUUCCAGACAAUGUUGAGCCAAGUUGGUUAUAUACUGUGUAUAUAUAUCCCACAGUGAGUGGGUUAUAGCCCAGUAAUAUGCAGUGGCAGUUUAUUUAUACCAUGUAUAUUUACCCAUGCUAGAUAGAAUGUGAAUUAUUCCCAAUUCCCAGUUAUGUAUAUUGCAUCAAACAGUGCAUAUUGAUAGGAUGAGAAAUAAAAGCUUAAGUAAUUAUAAAGGAAGUGAUCGAGGUAUAGUGCUGACUGUUAACCCUUGAACAUCAGAUUGCGCAUUUAGAGGCUAUGUCAUUGCAUGGGUGAGAGUCACACCCGCUAUUUGAAAAUGAAAGUUGUUAAUGUCCCUAAGAGAAGAACAUUCCAUUGUAGCUUUUCCAAAGUGAGUCCUUUUGCCAUUCCCUUACAUUACUAUAACAGUUUCUCCUAAAAGUGGGUUGGAGUAGGGUGAGGAGGUAGGGGUGAGUGUACAUAAGUCCCACUCUAUCCACCCCGGGGGUAUUUUUCAUGUAUUUGCUGGAAGGCAAUAGAUUGGUGUGUAACCACCAGGCCUGAUCCAGGCUUUGGCUCACAUGGACACACAUUUGGGGGAGGUCUUGACUUUUGUGUGCUUUUGAAAAACAAUGGAAAACAAGGUUGCUGGUUAAACAUCACUCAGUUCGCACUAGUGUACAAAGUCUUUCCCCAGGACUUUAAACUAUUUAAGUCAUGAUAUCUGGGUAAUUUUGCAAUAAUGUGAGAUUUGAGGGGGUUAAAGGAUUGAAUUCUUUGUGGCAUUUAUUGAUACAGUGUAAGGUAUGUCAAUCUGAACUAACUCAGUUGGGGUAGCUAAUAGCAUAAUACUACUGUCAGUGGAUAAGCUAUCCAGAAACCAAGGAUAAGGCUUUGGGAACAAACUUCAGAUUCUACCACAGCAGCUGGUGGGAUUUAAAUUCAACUAAUUCGUGAUUCUUAAGUUAAAAGGUGUUGUCAUUAAAUGAUCAUUGGUUAUUACAAAAACCCAUCUGGUUCACUGUUGUCCUUCAGAAAAAGAACUUUGCUAUUGGUUCACCAAACUUCUCAGCCGGGCCUGCAGGGGCCAACCGGAUCUCCCAGUCACCGUCCAUUUUAAUUCCCCUUCUCACGUCCUUUCCAACGUGACCAUCCUUGGCCUCCUCCAUUGCCACAAUGAACCAAACUGCAAAUUGGAGGAUCACCACCUCGUCUUCCACCUGAGCAGCCUUCAGCAUGGAGGAAUCAAUAUUGAGCUCUCCAAAUUCAAAUAACCUCCUUUCUCAUCCCCGAUUCCCUUCCAGCCCAUACCCCUCCCUUCCACUCCUCCCUGUCACGACCUGGAUUCAUUUUCUACCUGUCUUCACCUACAGCCACUUCACCACUCUGCCCCCACCACCCCCUUUAUCUGCAGCUCCCCCAUACCCACCCCUAGUCCUGAAGAAGGGUUACACCCAAAACAUUGACUUCUCCACCUCCUGAUGCUGCCUGGUUUGCUGUGUUCUUCCAGCCUCCUGUCUGCCAUCUUUUCCUGGCCUGGCCUGGCCUGCAUGUGGUUCCAGAGGCAGAACAAUGUGGUUGACCUUUAACAAUCCUCUGUAGUUGCAAAUAAACCAUAAGGCUGUUUAAAGGCAAUUAAGGAUGGACAACAGAUCCUGGCCUUAUCUGCCCACCACCUAAAUCCAUGAAAGAAUAAAUAAAUUUCACUUGUUCCAAAUCACUCAAUUAUUUUCUUCAAUUUCCAGACCAUAAGUUGGAGAUAUUUUGGGGGAAAGAAAUUACUACUGCAAUAAAGUUAACUGAAAGUCUGAGGCAUUGUGAAUUUUAAAACAAUUGCAGCAUUGGACCUCAGAAAUGUAAAACCAAGAUGUUACAGGUUGAGAAGUGUAUCGAGGGGGUUGAUGAGUUUGAAAGGUGGAUGAAAAUUGGUUGAGUCGAGUGAUCAGGGUGGGUGGUCAGUGCACCUGGACUCUGGGCUUAUGAACCCUCUUUUCAGGAGGAGGAAAUCUUUAUUUUCCAAGCUAUUUCCUUUGUUAAACUGGAUAACUUUAGUGCUGGGAAGCGAGGAUGUGCCAGAACAUUCCGAAUCAGGGACAGGUUGACAGAUCUCAGACGAUCUGGUGAACCUGUGUUCCCAAAAGGCUAGAAUGGGACUAGAAUGAUGUCUCAUCAAUCAAUUUGAUUAACUUGGAUCAUGAUAGCAUGUUUAUGAUUAAGAUGUCCUGGAGCCAAUCUAAAAAGCACAAAGCUUUCCCUAUGGCAGAAACCUAACCGAGUUAACAUCUGUGUUUAUCUGAGUGGAUUAUCUUAACCUUGCCACUGGUAGGAUGCAUAUGUUUCAGCCUUCCCUCCAUGAUAUAGCAUCCCCUGUUCUGUCAAAGAAACGCCCAGAGUGUACUUCAUUGAGUAUACUGUUGACUUCAAUUUUUCUUAGUUAUUUGAUGCAUUUAUAAGAAAUGGCUUUUUUUUUAACACAAUAAGUUACAAGAUUAUUUUGCUGUAAAUAACAUACUUCGCUAUUUAUUCUUAUGUCCCUAUGUUUCACUGUAACCGUGAGCAUCAUUUGCUGAGGCAACACAGGUUAGAGAGCUGGCACUGUCCUAAGAUCUUCACUGAGGAUGUUCUGAGAGCUGGUUACUAUGUAAGCUUCACACUGGUAUGAAGGACUGAAGCCAGCGUAUGAAUGAACAGGUUGCGAAAGCCAUAGGUGAUGUCAUUCUUGGGAAAUAGCAACCAGUUUCCUCCGUUGUCUUUCCUUUCACUGAAGGAAAGCUGCUAUGGGAGGAAGCCGUUCUUGAAAAGAGAUAAAACAUCCAUCUAGUUAAUGGGAUGGAUCCUUAUCCAAACAAGGAAGCAUUGAAGGGAUUGGUCCCUCAGCCCAGAUCAGUAGCCAAUAAACCAAUGAGGCAUUAGACAGGGUCUGGAUAAUCAGCUGUAAUAGGGGAAAUGUCAGGACAAAGAGGAUUGGUUAAAAGGUCAAGAUUAUAGACUGAGAGCAAUAGACAUUGGAGGCAGAAGAGGUUAUGCUGUGAAAUCAUUCACAUGCCAGACGUCCGUGUUGUUUCUGAGCUCAACCAAGUCCAAGAAGCACCUCAUCUUCAGUCCCAUAGAUUUAAUGAGGGACUGUCACCACUGCAAGGAAUGCAGGAAAUGACCAUGCUUCCAAUAACGCAUUUAUUCUCUUGCUUAUCAGUGAGAGAAAGCUUUUUGUAAUUCCCAGAACUAGACAGGUACUGAGGUGAAUAAGGAAGAUGGGCAGAAAAGAAAAGUCAGGCAAUGGGUGACAUUAAUACCACUUGGUCAUCGCUCUAGCCUUUGUGAUGAACACACCCAGCUGCUUUCAAUCAUGUUUCUGUUCCUGGCAUACCUUGAGUUUCAGAUUUAUGACUGCAAUUUGAAGUACUACAGCAAGUGCCUCCCAGUAUUUCUCAAACCAUCAGAAGUCAAGGAGAGAGCAAGAACUCUACUGUGGUCAAACUCUCCAUGGAGCAGCAUGACAGAAAAGUAUUACUGAGAUCUUGCUACAACUUCUUCACCAGUUGGUAAAAUAUGGCACAUCGAAAUUUUACUCAUGGACCCUGAGACAGUCAAAGUCUGACUAAUAACUGCAUUCACCCAGGACUACUGGAACACUGAACUGAAAACAGAGCUCCUGGGCUGAACAAGGAAACCUUAUGAGAGCAGCCACACUCAUUGCCAAUUCAGGACUGCAUGAGAAUAAUGAGUAUUUAUACAUUUUCUGUUGUUGUAAACUAUGCUUUUAUUAACAAAUCUAUUUAUUCUUUAAGUAUGUCCUUCAAAUUCAUUUGGCAGAAUGAAUGUUGCAAACUUUGAGGUUUUGCUGUGUAUCAGACACACAGGAGGAGAGGACGUGGCAAGGGAUCUCUUUUGAUGCCCAUUCUCAGCGAUGUGAACAAUACAUCACCAUGUGUAAAUCAACCACGCAGGUAGCCACCAGACCUGUCAGUAGGUAUUAUUUAAAAACACAGGGGUAAAAAGUGUAUGGUGUAGCCAACUAUGUUAAAAGUUGUGACCCUGAUCAAAGAGAUUUAGAAACAAUCCCAAAUCCUUGUCAAAUGGUUUCAUGACAAAAUCCAAUCUGUAACUUACUGCCAAAUAUCCAAAUUUUGACAAAUUACUCAAACUUUUUUUGUGAGAUUUCAACCUACAAAAUGACCCACCAUUGUAACAGUAUUUUCUCUGUGUAGUGUGCUUGAGCUACACAAUGAGGACUUUGACCUGGUUCCUGGUUUUGAUCUGUACAUUGAGGUGCAGUGAGUGAAUAAUUUUCCGUCUGGUUGAGACAUUUUUAAUGCUAUAAAGUAGCUGGCAUGCUUUUUGUUUGUAAUUAUAUAGGUGUAAAGUGGUUGUGUUGUUUUUGUAAAAUUUGGGUUGUCCUGGAGACAAAAGCAUACCUUCCUUUUGAUUUCUGCUUUAAGUUUUACAGUGCGAGCUGCAUAUAAACAAACUGUACUUGAAUCCAGGGUGAUAUAUCAUUUUAAAAACUUGAGCACAACUAUGAAAUGUGUAGACAACACAGUUCAUCAAAAUGGCACUGUAUGAAAUGUCAGCAGUGACCCUGGAUGACUGAGAGUUAUGGUGAGUUGAGUUAUCUGACUGUGUGGUUUCCUCUGUUCUUUUGUUGUAUGAGCUUCAGAAUUCCCGAAACACCUCAGCUCUUGAAUUCUCCCUCUUCUUUAUCUAUUUAAACCAAACUCUAUGUCCAAGGAAUUGGACUAUACAUUCUCAUACUGUUUGCCCCUUUUGCUCAAUGUCAACUUUUUGUUUGAUUACACUCCCAGGAAGUGCUUUUUAAAUGCAUAUUAUUGUUGUAUUUGGACUUCAGGGAUGCCUAACAGUGGGUUUCAGAUACAGUCAUCAAGACCCCCAAAACAAGGGACAGGCCACAAGAGAAAGUGCACACUAUGGAAUUUCUUAUGUGUAAAGCAGUGAUGAUGCAUGAUGUCAGCACAUUUGAUCUUCACUUUAAUAUAUUACUUUAAAACGAUGACCACAGUUCAAAAUUAUGGGUAGAUGUGAUGGAGUAAAUCAGAGAAAUUGUUUUCACUGGCAGAAAUGUUGAGAAACAGAGGACGGAUUGGCAAAAGAAUUAGGGUUGAAAAGCCUGGUGCUGAAAAAGCAUAGCAGGUCGGACAGCAUCUGAGGAGCAGGCAAGUUGAUGUUUCAGGCAUAAGCCCUUCAUCAGGAAUGAUAGAAUGUUUAUGCCCGAAACAUCGACUCCCCUGCUGCUCGGAUUCUGCCCAAUCUGCUGUGCUUUUCCAGCACCACAUUUUUCGACUCUUGACUCAUCAGUAUCUGCAGUCUUCAAUUUCUCUCAAAAAAUUAGGGUGUAUGGGGAGGGGGCACUGCCUUGCUGAAAAAGGUGAUGGAAGCAGAUUCAGUAACACCAUUCCAGAGGAAUAGGCAUAAAAAGGGGAACAAUUGAAACGGUGUGGGAAAAAGAGGUAAGGGAACCAGAACAAAGAAAUGCCUGAUUUUAAUUUGUUUUGUACUGAGCAAAACAAAUAGCUUCCUAUUAGAUUAGAUUCCCUACAGUGUGGAAACUGGCCCUUCGGCCCAACAAGUCCACACCAAUCUUCUGAAGAGUAACCCACCCAGACCCAUUUCCCUCUGACUAAUGCACCUAACUCUGUGGGCAAUUUAGAAUGGCCAAUUCACCUGAUCUGCACAUCUUUGGACUGUUGGAGGAAACCGGAGCAUCCGGAGGAAACCCACGCAGACAUAGGGAGAAUGUGCAAACUCCACACAGCCAGUUGCUCGAGGCCAGAAUCGAACUUGGGUCCCUGGUGCUGUGAGGCAGCAGUGCUAAUCACUGAGCCACACCAUUAGGAGAACAAUGGUAUCUGUGUCAACCCUGACCAAUCUGGCUGGGCUAUUCCUGUAAUAUGAGUGACCCAAGUGGGGAGAAUGUGAAAGCAAAUUGUAAAGGGCACCAGUUAGAGGAAAAAUUCAAAUAAUUGACAUUAGAAUGUCCAAAUCUGUAUGACGCUUGAGUAACAUCCAUCUCAGGUUCUCUCUUGCCCUAAAAUGAUUACCACAAGUUGAAUUUUUCAACCUACAUAAAUAUGUUUUUUUCCCCUUUCUUGAGUUGGCCGUUGUGUGAGUGUCCUUUUCUGAACCUGGAAGGGGGAGUGCUGAUUGAAGGACUGACUCAAAUGUUUCACACGUUCACCAAUCAACAGGUCUUGUUGUCAAAUGUUUAGACAGCAGUACAACUUUGAUUGCGUGUAAUCAUUGUUAAAUGUAAAUGAUUUUAACUGUGUGUAUGUGUUAUAAGUUAGUGACUUUUAAUAAAGAUUCUAUUCUCAUCAAA